UGAUUAAUUCAGAAUUAGAAUCACUCUUUAGUAAAUAGCAUUGGACAGGACAAUGUUGGCUCAAUGUCAGACCUAACAUGCUUCAAAGUAUUUUUUAAACCAGGCAAUAUGUUUAUAUAUGUUUUACAAAAAUAUGUGUAGAACAUGUCCUUUUAAAGGAGCUAUCCUGGAAGAAAUGGAGUGCUUGGAGCAGAGUCGUUGCUUUCCCAUCACUGUAACUCCACAGAGAGUAACAGGUAUUGUGACCAAUUUAACCACGUGUGCUUAACCCAUCUUUGGCCUUAGAACCUAUUUCCAAAUUGACAGCAGCUUUUCCAUUUCUUUAAGGAAAGAGCUUAAAUUAAGCAUUACAGCUUAAUAGCAAAGAUCCCAUGGGAUGCUAGAGGACCUGAAACUGAGAGAGUGCUGCCUCUAUGUAAAAUCUUAAUGACCCCUGAAGCGGCAUCCUUCCCCAGUGACAAACAGAUUCCCACUCUUUAUUUUCAAUAGUAAGAGAGAGGCUUCAGCUCCCUAAGCAGGAGGAGAAUGAAAUUGUGGCUAUUUACAUGGAUUUAAAACUAAACACAAAACCAACUAAUACACAAACAUCCUGUGACUGUCUUCCAAUUCAGUGAAGAAAGCAUAAUCUGGACCUUUAAACAUCCACAAUCCACAAAGGCUGACAGUAAGUGCUUGUGCAUCAUAUGUUAUAGGGUUAAGCUGUUAGGUCACAGCUUGAACUGGUAAUUGAGCACCUGGUGAAGGGGUUUAUCUGGCCCAGGGAGCACAGGCAAAUUGUUUACACCUGUGCUCUACACAUGACCAGAAGGUGUGGACCCACAGUGGAGCCACCCUGGGCUCAUAUAAAAGCCAGCCACAGAAGAGAGAACAUCUUUUAGAUGUAGGCUGCUUGCUGAGAAGAAGUGCUGCAUAGCUAGAGGGUCCCUUCACAGCUGGGAAUUAGGUUAAUACUAAAACAUCUGAGAAAUGGCUGCACGCUUCAGAUCGGCCAAUAAGAAAUGUACAGUGAUCGGUGGCUCUGGAUUCUUAGGCCAGCACAUGGUAGAAAAGCUGCUGGACAAGGGUUACUCAGUCAGUGUGUUUGAUAUUCAGAAGAGAUUUGACAAUGACAGAGUGCAGUUUUUCCUGGGAGACCUUUGCAGCAAAGAGGCCUUACUCCCAGCUUUACAAGAUGUUUCAGUAGCAUUUCAUUGUGCAUCGCCAGCACCUUCAAGUGACAACAGAGAGUUAUUUUAUAAGGUGAAUUUUAUGGGAACCAAAGCAGUCAUUGAAGCCUGCAAAGAAGCUGGAGUGCAGAAACUAGUGUUGACUAGCAGUGCCAGUGUUGUUUUUGAGGGGACGGACAUAAAAAAUGGAACAGAAGACCUCCCUUAUGCAAAAAAACCUAUUGACUAUUACACGGAGACAAAGAUCCUACAGGAGAAGGAAGUGCUGAGUGCAAAUGACCCAGACAACAACUUCUUCACUACUGCUGUUCGCCCACAUGGAAUAUUUGGCCCUAGAGACCCUCAGCUGGUUCCUAUCCUCAUCCAAGCAGCUAAGAGUGGCAAAAUGAAGUUCAUAAUUGGGGAUGGGAAGAACUUAGUAGAUUUUACCUAUGUGGAAAACGUGGUCCAUGGACAUAUUCUGGCUGCAGAACACCUUCGGAAAGACUCUCCUGUGUGUGGGAAGGCAUUUCAUAUCACAAAUGAUGAGCCAAUCCCUUUCUGGGCUUUCAUGUCCCGUAUCUUGACUGGCUUGAACUACGAUGCACCCAAGUACUAUAUUCCUUACUGGCUGGCAUAUUACCUGGCCAUGUUCUUGUCUCUAGUGCUGUGGCUGUUAAGUCCACUGGUGACCAUCAAGCCCACUUUUACCCCCAUGCGGGUAGCAUUAGCUGGAACAUUUCACUACUAUAGCUGCGAACGGGCCAAGAGGGACAUGGGCUACAAGCCAGUGGUAAGCUUGGAUGAAGCAAUAGACAGGACUCUCCGGAGUUACCCCCACCUACGCCGCACUAAGGCCUGAGAAGUCCUGGAUGGAUUUCAUUUCUACUUGAUUUUCUUAAUUGUUCUGAUAUCUUAACGUGAGCACUGAAUGAAGCAAAUUCCACUAAUUCUGUGAAGAUGAGUUUUCCUGAGUCAUUCCUCCUCAUCACUGUUAUCAAAACAAAUUUCUCUGGGUUGGAAAAAACUUCAUGUAGUAGCUGUGCUAACAGUUCUUCUGAUGUGAUUUGUUGUUUCAAAGCACCUGCCUAACCCUAAGGAAAAUGAAUUAACACCCCGCCGUGUCCUCUUCAGUCCCAGCCCCAUGCAUCAGCAUUCCUUCAUCUUUCUUCUCCACCCUUGUCCUCUGUUUUGUUGCUCUGGUGAUAACAGCCAACUCUUAUAACUACAGAUCUGUUGAUGAAGUACUUCACAACUGAUUCCUCUCCGUGGUUUGGCUUUUUCAAUACAAGAGUGAUGAAAGAGACUUGCACCAAAAAGGAUCUCUGCCACCAUUUUUUCUUUUUAAACUGUUGAGAUUGACUUUAUUCUGGGACUGCUUUUAGAUCUCACUGUGAUUGAUGGGUUGAUCUGGUCUCUUACUGAGGAAUUGGUAGAAACCCUGAGAAAAGGCAUAUUGGGCUGCUUGUAAGGAAGCAUGAGCCUUUACUUCUACUGGAGCUUGGUUCUAUUCAAAAAGAUUACAAAUAAAAUAAGAGAAAUUCCUAACAUUGUGUUCCAUCUUUGAAAGGGCAGAUCCUAUUCUGAGCAUCUCAACACAGUUUGAAUUAUUCCCUUUGUGGGGGGGAAGAAAUCUUUGCUGUGGCCAUUGUCAGCACAUUUUACCAUAGUUUACUUGCUUCCAUAAGAAAAUUUAUAUUGAUUGGAAAAUCUAUUGCACAAGGCUCUCAUCUUGUCUGCCACAUUAUUGUUGGUAAUGGAUAUUGUGUUGCAUCGACUCUUCAGAACAUGGGAAAUUUUUCCAUAAGAAAAUGAUUAUAAUACUAGGUUCACUGAACUGUUUAGUUUACCACUUAUAUUAAGUUUAGUUUACUCCACAAUCU